CUGUUGCCGGGACAAGGGUCCCGAGCUCCCUCCCCACCCACAGCUGCCGGACUGCCCGCGCUGCCCCUGCCGUCCCAGCGCCCCGGCUGCGCUAUGGAUCCUUCAGAAAAGAAGAUCUCCGUGUGGAUCUGCCAGGAAGAGAAGCUGGUGUCGGGCCUCUCCCGCCGCACCACUUGCUCCGACGUGGUGCGGGUGCUGCUGGAGGACGGCUGCCGGCGACGAAGAAAGCAGCGGCGAGGCCGGCGGCGGGGGGCAGCAGGGGACGCCCCAGGCCCAGGGGAGCUGCUGGAAGCUCUGGACGAGGACGACGAAGACGAAGACGAGGCGCUGACUCAGAGCAUGCUGUGCGGGCCCCCGCAGUGCUACUGCAUCGUGGAGAAGUGGCGGGGCUUUGAGCGCAUCCUGCCCAACAAGACGCGCAUCUUGCGCCUCUGGGCUGCCUGGGGCGAUGAGCAAGAGAAUGUGCGCUUCGUGCUAGUGCGCAGCGAGGCGUCGCUGCCCAACGCCGGCCCGCGCAGCGCCGAGGCGAGAGUUGUGCUCAGUCGAGAGCGCCCUUGCACGACCCGGGGGGUCCAGCCGAGGCCCAACGUGACCAUGACCCAGGAGAAGCAGCGGCGGGUGGUGCGCAAGGCUUUCCGCAAGCUGGCUAAGCUCAACCGGCGGCGCCAGCAGCAGCCGUCGUCACCCUGUUCGUCCACUUCAUCGUCCACCACCUCGUCCUGCUCGUCGUCACCGCGGGCCACGGAGAGCGCGUCUGUGGAGCGCAUGGAGACGCUGGUGCAUUUGGUGCUCUCGCAGGAUCAUACCAUCCGUCAGCAGGUGCAGCGGCUCCGGGAACUGGACCGCGAGAUCGAUCGCUAUGAGGCCAAGGUGCACUUGGACCGCAUGCGGCGACAUGGAGUCAACUACGUGCAGGACACUUACUUGGUGGGCGCAGGCCUCGAGGUCGAUGAGCCUAGCCCGGGAGAGGAGCCAGCCGCGGCGGCGGCCGCUGCGCCUUUGGACGGCGAGGCGCAGGCGGUCAAGCUGGAGGAGCUGGCCCGGCGCUGCGACGACCUGCUGCGGUUGCAGGAGCAGCGGACCCAACAGGAGGAGUUGCUGGAGCGCCUUUCAGCCGAGAUUCAAGAAGAACUGAACCAGAGGUGGAUGCGCCGGCGCCAGGAGGAACUCGCGGCGAGGGAGGAGCCGGUGGAGACCGAGGGCCACCUGGAAGGCGAGCUGCUGCUGGAGCAGGAGCAGGUCAGGACGCAGCUCAGCACUAGCCUGUACAUCGGGCUCCGGCUUAACACAGACCUGGAGGCCGUGAAGUCGGACUUGGAUUACAGCCAGCAGCAGUGGGACAGCAAGGAGCGCGAGCUGCAGGGCCUUCUCCAGACUUUGCACACGCUGGAGCUGACUGUAGCGCCCGACGGGGCUCUGGGCUCUGGCGGGGCUCCUGCGGAACCCGGACUUCAGGCUUGCGCCGACGUGUGGGUGGAUCAGGCCCGUGGGUUAGCCAAGAGCUGCCCAGGGAACGACGAGGACUCGGACACCGGGCUGAGUUCCAUGCACAGCCAGGACUCAGACUCAGUGCCCGUGUGCGAAUCACUUGUGUAGGAGGUGCAGGGUGGCAGAGGGAGAACAACGCUUCUCCCUUCCUUGUGGAAAACACUGGCCUGGGCGGCUCAGGGGCUUGCAACCUGGCUGAGGGUCAGCCCGGGACUCCUGUGGGGAACAGUUCUCUGGCUGGGCCUUGGGGGGGUUCAGGACACCCGCCCCUCAGCGGCGCUCCUCGGGCGGGCUCCGGGUUGAGAGUGCUGGAGGGUGCGGGACUUAGAAGCCGGGUCUCCUAUCCGAGCCUUUUUAGGGGAAGGAAGGAGGGAGGAGGUGAGAGUCCCCCCUCCUUACCCUACCCCAUCCCUCCUCCCUCCCCCCAGUGGAAAACAAAUGCUCCGGGGAAGCUGAGGUGGUCCGAGCCCAUUUUCAAAGACAGCUAUGAAAGUAUUAUGGAGAUUUCACCACUUUUUUUGUUUGGGAAGGACUGAUGGCAGCUAGAAUUUUAGUUUGUAGCAUAAAGUGCUUUUAAAAGAAACACUUGGAUGAAAAGGAAAUUCCUUGAAUGUUAAUUGUGACUGUGAACAUGUUAAAACUAGCCAAAGAGGACGCAUUGGUGUUGGUCUCAGCCUUACUUACAUCACUGAUAAAACCCAUAGGCACCAAAAAUCCAGGCUGUUUACAUUUCUGCAGAUUUGGGAAUUACCCGUCUGUUAAACUGACUUUUAUUUUCUUUCAAAGGCCGAAUUGUACGGAAGUCUAACCUUGCAUAUCCUAGUAAAUACUGUAUAUGCUAGAAUGGGAUUUCCCCACCCCCCCCAAUCAUUUAUUAUUACAAAAGCCAAACAUAACACUUUUGAGAUAGCGAAUCCUGGCAGACUUAAUCGCUGGUUAAAAUUUAAUCUGGGUUCUUUGGGAUUUGACCCCGCAAAGGUAUGUGUGUUGUCCUUUCAUUCAUAUUGCCAUUUCAUCCACUUCUAUCUGAGGUAACUUUUUCUGUUACUUCAGAAAAAGUAAAGGGGAAGUUGUAGAACUCAAGUUUAAGUACAACUAAAUUUGCUAUUGAAUGAACACUCUGUUUGAAACUAAGACUUGAAAACCAGAUCUUUGUGUUGAACUUUUGAACUGAGCUAUAUGAUUAAAACUAACCAUGACCUCAACAGACUUUACCCCAAACCUAAGUCUAACUCUAGUUUCUUUGGUUAGAGAAUAGUUACUUGUCCAAACUUACACUGAGAUAGUGUAAAUAUCACAGUUUACUAGCCAAGGCCCCCAAAGAAAAACAACAACCCAGCUAUCUAAUAGUACACCUUGAGUGAACAACAUAACAGCAGCAGCACGUAACCAUAGAUAAAAGCAUAUGAAAGUGAGCUAACGACUUGACUUGAAUUACUCUCAUCUGGUUCACACCUUUGCAGGCACCAGGAGAUGCAAGCGUAACACCUCUUCCUCCCUGGCUGGUGACAGCCCUGGUGGGGACUUAAUGUAAUUGUUCCAGUUAUUUCAAUUGAAACUUAUCAGUUGUAGCUAGUUGUUGCCCUUGUGGAAGGAGUCUGCUGGCUGUGUUCCCUCUGGAGCUCAGUACUUCUGAGGAAUGUAGGAUCUAAUCUGUCCUGAGGUGUUAACAAUGGGGUGUGUGUGUGUGGUGUGUAGCAGCCUGGUAUCAACCCAACUGGAGGGGCUGGCUCCAGUUUCAACACUACAUGUGAAGAUAAGAGGUUAUGCUUUAUAGAGAAGUUUCUUCCCUUGGAGAGGUUCUGUCUGCCGAUUGCCAAUGGAGUCCUGCUCACUUAACCCCCUCAAGCCCUAUGGGUUGUCUCCUCAGACACAGUGACCCCCCCACUCCAGGCUGUUACAACAUGUGUGGAUGUUUCAGAUUUUUAAGUACAAUGGGGAUUAAAAAGCCGUUUUCUUAAUUGAUGUUUUCAAAAGACAUUAGUAGGCAUAAUUAUGGUUUUUUAGCUUUGUUUGAUAGAGGAAAACAUCUAUGUAUCUGGUCUUGGGCAUGCUUAAAAUGAGGAAGGGACCAAAAGAAACCCACCGUCCCCCGAAGUCACUUGAUCCCAUAAAUGCAAAGCCUAAUGAUAGCUUUCCUUUUGAGGCAAAGCUGAAAUCCUCAUUAGAGUGUGACAAACGCUGCUUGUCUGAAUGGUUUACGCUGGCAAUGGGCUGACCUGGUGGUUUUCAAAUUAUUAUGCUUCCCCCCACCUCCCCACCC